AUGUCCUCGACACCGCUGUACAAUGCUUUAAUCCGCACACACCACAUCACGUCCCGCAAAAAAGUCGCAAAACUGCGUGCUGCAGCCUCGAACCACAACGUCUAUGCUCUGUUACGCUAUGGAGGCUGCCCCGGUGUAAUGUACUGUCAAGGUGCCGAGCGAGGAGUACGAGACUGGGUUGGAGACGUCCAGAGAUUGCGCUACAAAGACUUCCAGCUGGUGAGGAAGCCUGCGGAGAAACAGUCAGAGACUCAAGCGAGCGACAGUAGAGUACCGUAUGGCAAGCUGGAAGAGACGGAUACUGUCAGAGAGUUCGGUGCGCAGAUGGAAACCUUCGGCGUCUGGAACUGGUGGCGAGUUGGCAUGGGCUACCAGAAAGACGAGUCUCAGCCCUGA